AUGGCGUCCCUCCUGGAAGGCCUUACAUGGCAGAAGUUCACAGAGAUCUCCGAGAGCGAAAGCACAGAAGGAAAGUAUGGGAUACCUCGUUUCGAUGGGAGCCUGCACCUACUGCAAGAAUACUCCUAUAGGGUUCGAAUGCGUGCGAAAAAGGAGAAAGAGAUGGACCCUGGAGAAGUGAAGAAGCUUGGGCCGCUUGGAAUGAGGCUCAUCGAGGGCCUCCGUGGCCCGGCGCUCCACAUCGUGAAGUCCCUCAAGGAUGAAACGAUCGUCUCUCCUGAGAAGGGACCCGAGGCCAUACUUCAGGCCUUGACAAAUGCCUUGAGGCCAAGGCGCCAGCAAGAAGCGAGAGAACUGUACUUGGCAGGUUCCAAGGAGCAUGGCAUCUUGAGCCGGCAGCAUGGCGAGCCAAUGUCGACUUACAUUCUCCGCCGCCGCAGCUGGUAUGCCAUGCUCACCGACCUGGACAACGAGAUCAAGCUCCCCGAGCUGUUGCUGGCGGAGCAGAUUCUUAUGAACGCCAACGUGACGGAAGAGCACCAGCUGAUGAUCAGGACCAGCCUGAAUCAGGUGAUCUCCGUGGAAGGAAUCUGCAAUGAGCUUGUGAACCAGCAUGGCAACCUGCACCUGCGAGAAAAGCGAACGCCUCAGCCGUGGAAGUUUCGGCCGGGAGGCAAAGGCCACCAACCUUGGAAAGGCAAGUGGAAGAACAGCAGCGGCUACUUUACCGAGGGUGUUGCUGAGGACGCCUGGGAGGACCCGGCAGCAGAAGGCUACUGGGGCCAGGCCGAGCCAGGCUGGGACAGCCACAGCCAGAGCCUGGGAGGAUGCGAGGAAGACCUGGGUUCUGGCUACCUCGGUUCCGAAAGCCCCGGCGACUACAUGUACCAGGAAGAGGACGACCUCGCGCUCAACGUCUUUGCGGCGAUGGUGGCCGAAGGCUUGGACGAGACCGCGGACCAGGAGUCGGCGGAGUAUGCAUCAGAUGUCAUCCAGGCCGAGACGGAGGUUUUCUUCGCAAGACAACGUGCCCAGCAGAAGGGCCACGCCGGGUUCUCGGCCGGCAAGCGGUAUGAGGUGAGGGGCCAGUUGUCUUUGGAGGAACGCAAGGCCCGAGUGACCGCCCUGAAGAGCCGAACGACGUGCCGAGCGUGCGGUGCCAAAGGGCACUGGAGUGGAGACAGCGCGUGCCCGAAGGGCAAAGGAAAAGGGCGGCCCGGCAGUUCUUCCUCAGCUUCAACCUCGGCCACAAAAGGGCCGAAAGGCAAGGGCAAGGACCCAGGAAAGCACGGCAGCCACAAGCCAAGGACCGUCUACUUUGCGGUGAGAGAGGACGUGGAGGACCAGCCGAACGGGUACAUGGCGAGCCGGGGUGACUUCACCAAUGUGCCUCCACCUAGUGACCUGGAUUCGCCACCCCAGCCUCGGGUGGCUACUUCCCUCGACGGUGUGGCCCCCACUUCGUUGACGGAGAUGCUGAAUUGGUCCGGUCGGGCCGCGGAAGGGCCGACUUCGAGAGCUACGGCUCCCUCCUUUUCUUUGCCCUCGCCCCGGCCGGUCUCUACGGCAACCUUCCCGACGGCUUCUUCCUCCUCGGCCUCUGCGACGGCAUGUUCUCCGCCAACGGCUUCGGCAAGUUCGCAAUGGAGCCUUGUGCCGGGAAAGGACUGGGAUCAUGAGAUGCUGUUUGCGGCCCUGCGUGAGAACAGUGACGUUGUGAUGGACCAGCUUCUGGCACAAGCUCGGGGAUCUGAGCAGCAGACGGCCGGUCCCAUGGUGGUCGAGCGCUUGGAGGACAUUCCGGAGCCAGAGCUGAGAGCGGUUCCUGUGACGGAGCCCCACGAUCUGCCUCUUUACCGUCUGGCUGGUGUCCCUGCUGGAGCGUCUGUUCCUUCAGAAGUGACGGCUGUGAUCCCGGUGCCAGCCGCCAAGGAGACAGAGGUCCCCGAGGAAGAGAUCACCGUGGAACCGCCCACGGCCGAGCAAAAGGCGUGCAGCCACGAUCGCACCACCACGAAAGGCACGAACCGCUACUACUUCAUCAAGACGUGCCUUCGUUGCCGACAGGUCCUGGAAAAGACCAAGAAGGAGGUGAGCACAACAGCGGCAGCAAGUCCAUCGAAGCCGGUGCUGGAGCAGAACAAGUGCCCGCACGCCAAUGUGACACAGGCCGGCACCAAUCACCAUGUGUGGAAGUGGUACUGCAAGGACUGUGGCCUCCGCAAGGAGAGUGAGAGCACGGCCGCCUCCAUGGGCUAUGGCGCUUUGGGCAACCGUAACCUUGAGGGCCCAGACACUGAGGCGGUGAAGGUGCUGGAGAUGGCGGGCACUGUGGUGAUGGUACAAGAGAGCGGCGGCAUGCCAGUACCCUUGGAUAAGCUCCCGGGCAUUGUGGCGAAGUGUGCCGAGAUCUACCGCAACAAGAAUCCACGAGGCAAGUCUUCGGCACCUCCAAUGCCCGCUGUCCAGCCAGCACAGCCAGUGCCCAGCAGACAGCAGAUGCAGCCCGGGGCCGCCCAGGCUUCUCAAGAAGCCGCUCGGCCGGCGACGGCGACAGGACUGGCGCAAGACUACGGGAUCACCGGCAAGGCCCAGCUGCAAGCCGGCAAGCACAAGGGCCGCACCUUUGAGUACGUGUACCAGGAGUUCCCGGACUAUGUGGACUGGAUCCUCAGCCAAGGGGGUAAUAUUCAGGCCGCCUCGCUCCAGAACUUUGAGCGCUAUAUCCGGGCACGAAGGAUUCGCGAACACACGGCCCGCAGCCAGGCGAACAUGGCCCUCGAGGAUGAGCUUCCGUGCGAGGGCACACUUUUGGCUGUGUUGGACACCGGUUGCAACCAAACGUGCCACGGCGCUCUCUGGAUGAAGGAGUACAUGAAGGUGAAAGCUUUGGGCCGGAGGACCUUGCACAUUGCCAUCCAGCUGGCAGACGGAACCCUGGCCACUGGAACCGUGGAGUCGACCGAGCUCGAGGGUUCUACGGCGCCUUUGCUUUUGAGCUGUCGGGCUCAGAAACAGUUGGGUUUUGUGUUAGAUUUGGACGAGCACACCGUCUACAGCAAGGUCUUUGGCCAGCACCUGGAGUUGGUUGAUCGAGAUGGCCUCCCUUCAGUGAGACUGCUUCCUUUGACGCCGGAGGAAGGACCCGAGCAUUUCGCCAUGAUGGCCGGGAGUGACCAAGAAGCUCCCAUGGCCGAGGCCGAUACCCUGGAAGAGAGCGAGGAGCACGACUAUUGGGAACAACAGGGUGAUGCCUGGGUCCGGGUCCACUUGCAGAGCAGGAGCCUUCUCUACGAUCCGAGGAUCGAGCCGAGCCAGGACAAUGACAUCGAGAAGGCCGUGCUGGAAUUGCCGUACAGGAGGACCGUGACCAUCAACGUGCAAACUGGAGAGCAGGUCGAGUUCCGAGAGCAAUGGCUACAGCAACGGCCCGGGGAAUGUGAUGUCACGGAGGAGGUCGGCGGCGAGUGGACAGGCUACACCUUUUUCUUUCGAGACGCCACCCACUGCAACAGCGACUCUCGGGAAAAUAGCAUUCCCUUGGAAGCGGUGAGUUUUGCGACCUUUGACGAGGAGAAGCCGAUCAACUUGAGCAGGGCCCAACGACGCCAUCUUCAAGAAGGGCGCGAAGGUCUGGAACGUCAUGAUGCCACCCUCUGGGCCCAACUUGCUUCACGACCAGCACUAAAGGCCCACACAAGCCAACGACUACUGCCAAAAGGGUGCCGGACGCUCCUCUUGGAACUCUUUGCAGGACCUGCUGCCUUGACCACCAUAGCAACCGCCAUGGGUGUGUGUUGUGCCGGGCCCUGUGACUUGAUGAACCACAAGCUCUUGAACCCAGAAGGCCGGCAGGAACUGUGGGACCACAUUCAGCACGAGGACCCUUAUGUUCUGGCGGUGACCUCUCUUCAUGCUCCCUGGGCUUCCUGGACUGCCGACGGACUGGGAGAUGGCAGCCCAAAGAGUCACCAAACAACGGCUGAAAGGCGGAUGUGGUACCCAGUGAUUAGCUGGAUCAUGGAGUUGACAAAAGACCGGGCGCGUCGAGGCCGAGAAGUUCUACUUGAAGCUCCUUGGGAAAGUUUGUUCUGGCAACUUCGUUGUGUUGAGCGGGCUGUGGGUUUCCGACAGGAAGCCACUCAGGAGCCGAUAGACGUGAUUCACUACGACCUGUGCUCCUAUGGUGCCACCGAUUGCCGAACUGGUCUUCCAGUGACCGGCCCAACAGGUAUGAUGACGACUUCGAAGGCCAUCAAGGAGGACCUGGUGAAGCAUUGCCCGGGACACCGGCACCAUCAGCUCGGAAAGGGGCAGCUGGCAAGAUGGCCCCAGGAACUCGGCGAGACCAUGAUCCAUGCUUUGCUUCGCGAGCUGGGUGAUCUUAACUGUCCGGCGGUCUUUGCGGCGGAAGAGAACACCGAGGAGCACGAGGAGUUCGGCCUGGUCGACGGCAUCCUGAAUGACGACGAUGUGGGCGGCGAUCUUCCUCCUCCCGUGGACCACCAAGAGAUGAAGCGAGAAGAGCACCUGGAAGAAGAACAACCUCAAGGACAGCCGCAGUUCGAGCAGGAACGCAAGAAGAAGUGGCUGGCGAUUGAUCGCAACAAACGGCUGGCAAUCAGGAGGUUGCACCAUAUGACCGGGCACGCCUCCAAAGAAGCUAUGGUCCGGAUGUUGCGCUCAGCCGGGACUUCAGCCGAUGUGGUGGCAGCUUGCCAUCAUUUUCGCUGCCAGGUGUGCCAAGAACGACAGCAACCACAACGGCCCUCUUCUACUACCACGGCACCACCUUACCGGUUCAACCACCAGUUGAUUUGUGAUGCUUUCGAGGUGGUGGACGCGGCCGGGCAGAAGCACACCAUCUUGAGUUUGGUGGAUAGCGGCACAAAGUUCCAUGUUGCUGGCCGUGUGGCUCCUGGCGGCACCCCUUCUUCAAAGAUUUGUGCCGAUUUCAUCAACAAUGCAUGGCUGAGCUGGGCCGGCAAUCCCAAGUUCUUUCAGGACGACAAUCCAUGGCAAAUUGGCCGUGGCGAGCGCCACGGGGGCAUCCUGAAGGCCAUGGUCAAACGCCUGGUGACAGCCCACCAACUGAGCGGGGAAAUGGCAAUUUCGUCGGCCGUUACCCAGAGCGCCACCGUGAAGAAUGCAAUGUACAACCACGACGGCUAUGUGCCGGCUCAGUGGGUUCUUGGCCGGCUUCCACAUGAUGUCACCUCCAUCCUGGGCGAGACCACGGUGGAGAAUCUUGGCCCACACCAGGAGACCGAUGAUCCUGAGACCGUGUUUGGGCGAACUAUGCAGAUUCGCCAGUGGGCCAAGGAGUGCUUCAUUUACUUGGAUUCGAACCAAAGGAUCCGCCGAGCGAUGCUGCGACAGGCUCACCCUCAGCGAGGACCCUAUCAGAGCGGGGACAUUGUCAGUUAUUGUCGCCGUGGCCGGUGGUAUGGACCUGCCCGAGUGCUCACCCAGGAAGGCAAGAGCUCGCUAUGGUUGGUCCAUGGUGGGAUGACACUCCUGGUGGCAGAGACUUCUCUACGGCCCGCCACCACUGAGGAGAUCUACCGAAAGCAAGCUCUUUCUUUGAGGCCCCGGUGGAGCCGCACUCCGGCCAAGCGCAAGUACGAAGAUUUCCUUUUGGAUGAACAAGAGGACCUCCCUUUUAAGGAGCGGGCUGCCGACUUCGAUGGACCAAACCAGGUGCCAUACUUUGACUUUGGUCCCACGGCAGCCCCGACCAUGGCCACCGAGGCCGAGCCGAGGGCUGAGAUCGAGGAUGUGGUUCUUACAGAAGCCAACCCCGAAGAAGAGCCGACACGACAGGUGACACAGCCAGAGCAGGAACCUCUUGGACCCGGGCCGGCGACACCACCAACGGAAAGUUCUUCGACAUUGCCUACGCCGGGGGGGCCAGAGGAAAUAGAUGGACUUAUGGCGUUUCGUCCAGAACAGGUAGAUGAAGUCCGAGAUCGUCGCAAAAAGGCAGCCCAGAGGGAUUCUCAGCAUGCCUUUGCCUUUGUGGGAACCAGAGUGGAGAAGCGCUACCGCAAAAAGGCCGUGAAGCAAGGAGCUGGACGUGAGAUUGUGUACAGCAAGGCCAGUCCGGAGAUGCAGAAAGGACUGGAUGCCGCACGCAGCAAGGAGUGGGCGAAUUGGAAGAAGUUCACCAACAUGAAGACGCUCACCCGUGCCGAGUUUCAGGAGCUCAAGGACCAGGACCCCACUCUGAGAAUUAUACCAACAAGGUGGGUCGAUGUGGACAAAUCGGAGGUCGGGCAGCCGGAGAAGUUGAAAUCUCGAUUUGUGGUCCGAGGUGAUCUUGAAGAUGCCAGCGGAAUGAGGACGGACUCCCCUACGGGAAGUCAGGUGGCGAUGGGGUUCCUUUUGACCUAUGCCGCCUCGACGGGCCGCCCUUUGCGAUCGGGCGACAUCAGUGCCGCUUUCUUGCAAGGCUCGGAACUCAACCGCAAGCUAGUUCUCAGCAUGCCAAAAGGGCAGCCGCCUGAAGGGAUGCAGGAAGAUGAUUUGGUGAUCGUUUCGACCACUGUGUAUGGCACCAAAGAUGCCCCACGAGGAUGGUUCAAGAAGCUUGACACCACCCUCCAGCAGAACAAGCUGCGCCGCGUUCAUUUGGAGCCCGGCUUCUACGUGAUGAACAGUGAUGACGGCAAGGAGGUGAAAGGGCUGCUUUUGGUUCACGUAGAUGAUUUGCUGUGGGUUGGUGACAGCGACAUGAACGCCGCCAUGGAACGGAUCCAGCAGGAGUACCGCUUCGGCUCGCUCGACGAGUCUCACUUUAAGUUCUGUGGCAGGUGGCUGAAGCAAGGACCCGACGGAGUGGAAGUCACAUGUCCUGAUCUCAUCUCGAGAGUCAGGCCAAUCCACCUGGAGCCGCGUCGCCGAGGCCAACGAGAUGCAAUGGCGACCGAGAGUGAAAAGUCGCAACUCAGGUCUGUUGUGGGAUCGCUCAACUGGCUCGUUCGGGUCUGCCGACCCGACAUGGCGUUCUCAGUGGCUCGACUUCAAACGGCGGUGAGCAGGCCGGUGGUUCAGGACCUCCUCGACGCGAACAACCUUGUGAAGUACGCCGCGCGCACCAAGGAGAAGGGCCUCAUGUAUCCCGCGAAGAAGAUCAACUUCAACGACAUGGCCCUGAUCGCGAUCCAAGACGCGUCGUACGCCGCGGAUUUUGAUGUCAAUCGAAGCUACCUGGAGAACCUUGAUGGACAUCUCUUUCCAGUGGAAUGGCACUCCACAGUGAUCCGCCGUGUGUGCAAGUCUACGCUGCAGGCUGAGAGCCUUUCGCUGCAACUUGGAGCUGCCGAAGGAGAGCACGCCCGCGCUGUGCUCCACGGUCUCUACGAGAAGGUCGGAAAGCUUGACGCCGAACAGUGGACCAUAGGGGCUCAGGACCGAACUCCUUUGGUCUGGGUCACGGACUGCAUGAGCUUGAAGGAGCACUUGGUGUCUCCGACAGCAAGCUCUGUCAGUGACAAGAGGCUUGCCAUCGACUUGAGCAGUUUGAGACAGGAGCUUUGGCGUGAGGAAGGGCAGCUUGUAGGAGACCCUUUGUUUCAAGAUUUUCCUCCGCCAGAUGCGAAGACUCAGUUGCUCUGGACAAGUACAGAUAAGAUGCUGGCAGAUGCGUUGACAAAGCGCAUUGUGGAACAUGGUCCACUUAUGGACCUCAUGAGCGGCCCUGGUCUGCUGCGGCAUGCGAGUGCACUCCUUGACCGCCGUCUUCGGUUGGCUCAAGCACUGCGCGAAACAUCACAGCAUGCUUUGCACUUGCAUCAGCCUGCCUUUACUAUCAGAAGACGGUGGUUGAAAGACAACGCUUGGUGGCUGAAGCUUUUGGAGACCCGGCAGAUCUCCUACAUCCUCUUCGCGACCCAGGUGACGAAGGCCACCGGUGACCUGCGGCACUUCUUCGGUGCUCUCUUUGGAAUGGUGGUGUUUUGUGGUCGUUCCUCUACCUCUCCAACGAGCACACCGGCGACCACGGCGACUACCUUCUCAGCGAGCACACCAGCGACUACGGCGUUCCACUACGAGUGCAUGGUUCGGGAGCGUGACAAUGAGAUUGACCCGCUUGCGUCACUACCCGAGCUCAUGGAUGAGGUCCAUGCGACGAGCAGAAGGCUCCCAGAAGCUCGCGCAGCUGCGGCCCCACCUGUUCUUGUACCUGAUGGUCAAGUGUUCGUUGCUAAGUACCAUACGACGGCUCAGUGCGGCCAUAAAGUUGGCCACCGGACAAAAAGCUUUCGUAAGUGCCGUGACUGCCCUUAA